CUCUCCACCCUAUUAAAACAACCUCCAAGCCUCACUUGUUAAAAAGACCCCUUAACUUGGAGGAGGCAGAAUCGCAACAGCCAAGGAAGAGAGGAGGCAAGGAGGAGGAGAAGACGGAAGAGAGAGAGAGGGGAAGAAAAAAAAAGAGAGAGAGAGAGACGUCUGGAAAAUAUUAUCCACCCGCUACCCGCAACUGCUGAGGCUGCCGCCGCCGCGCUUGAGAUAGAACUUCCAUUCAGCCCGGACCAAAGAGAGACUUUUGCCUAUUGAUGCUGCGCCGCCUUCAAAUUUCUUAACAACUUCUGGGGCGGGUGCUCGGAUUCCAUCGCCAGGAACUUUUAAUAUAUCUGGAAGGCAGCUUUAAAAAUAAAAAGGGGGGGAUUUUUUUUUAAAAAAAACCAAGAAACUUGAACUUUAAGGAACUGGGAUCCAGGAGGGGAGAAAGGAUCCCCCCCUCCUCCCUGCCUACCCUUUCCCAUGGUUUGGAGGCCGUUUGGAUCCAGCCCCCCCAAGCACCCUCCCGAAAGCGUCAGUUGAUCUAUUACCUCAACCUGGCGGGGGGGGGACAAAUCUCAGCACCCUGCACCGCCAGCCUCUUGUUAGAUCUUGAAUGAGCAAAAAGACAGAAGACAGGCAAGAUGCAUUGCGAGCGGUUUAUAUGUAUCUUGAGAAUACUUGGAACCACACUCUUUGGGGUGUCCCUCCUGCUUGGAAUCUCUGCUGCUUACAUUGUCGGUUACCAGUUUAUCCAAACGGACAACUAUUACUUCUCCUUUGGACUCUACGGUGCCAUUCUGGCAUCGCACCUCAUCAUCCAAAGCCUGUUUGCCUUCCUCGAACAUAGGAAAAUGAAACGGUCUCUUGAGACGCCCAUCAAGCUGAACAAAACUGUCGCCCUUUGCGUUGCUGCCUACCAAGAAGAUCCCAGCUACUUAAGGAAAUGUUUACUUUCAGUGAAAAGGCUCACCUACCCCGGAAUUAAGGUGAUUAUGGUCAUCGAUGGGAAUUCUGAAGAUGACGUUUACAUGAUGGACAUUUUUAGUGAAAUUAUGGGCAGGGAUAAGUCUGCUACUUACGUCUGGAGGAACAACUUUCACCAGAGAGGCCCCGAGGAGACGGAAGAGUCCCAUAAAGAGAGCAUACAAUACGUCACUCAGCUGGUCCUGUCCAACAAAAGUGUCUGCAUCAUGCAAAAAUGGGGUGGGAAAAGAGAAGUCAUGUACACAGCAUUCAAAGCACUGGGGAGAAGUGUGGAUUAUGUGCAGGUGUGUGAUUCUGAUACAAUGCUUGAUCCAGCUUCAUCAGUGGAAAUGGUAAAGGUUUUAGAAGAAGAUCCAAUGGUUGGAGGCGUUGGGGGAGAUGUACAGAUUUUGAACAAGUAUGACUCGUGGAUCUCCUUUCUUAGCAGUGUUAGAUAUUGGAUGGCGUUUAACAUUGAAAGAGCCUGCCAGUCCUACUUUGGCUGUGUACAAUGUAUCAGCGGACCUUUGGGGAUGUACAGGAACUCUUUACUCCACGAAUUUGUGGAAGAUUGGUACAAUCAAGAAUUCAUGGGAUCUCAGUGUAGCUUUGGAGAUGACAGACAUCUCACAAAUCGAGUCUUGAGCCUUGGCUAUGCAACAAAAUAUACGGCUCGAUCAAAGUGCCUUACUGAAACACCCAUAGAAUAUCUCAGGUGGUUGAACCAACAGACUCGUUGGAGCAAGUCCUACUUCCGAGAGUGGCUGUACAAUGCAAUGUGGUUCCACAAGCAUCAUUUGUGGAUGACCUAUGAGGCUGUCAUCACUGGGUUCUUCCCAUUUUUUCUUAUUGCCACCGUCAUUCAGCUUUUCUACCGGGGGAAGCUAUGGAACAUUCUCCUUUUCUUGUUGACAGUCCAGCUUGUGGGUCUUAUCAAGUCUUCCUUUGCCAGCUGCCUUAGAGGGAACAUUGUCAUGGUGUUUAUGUCUCUUUACUCAGUGUUGUACAUGUCAAGUUUACUUCCGGCCAAGAUGUUUGCAAUAGCCACGAUAAACAAAGCAGGGUGGGGUACAUCGGGCAGAAAAACCAUUGUGGUCAACUUCAUCGGGCUCAUCCCAGUCUCCAUUUGGUUUACAAUCCUUUUGGGUGGUGUUAUUUUCACAAUAUACAAGGAAUCCAAAAAGCCAUUUUCUGAAUCGAAACAGACAGUGCUGAUCAUCGGGACGCUACUUUACGCAUGCUACUGGGUAAUGCUUUUGACUUUGUACUUAGUUCUCAUCACCAAAUGUGGAAGGCGGAAGAAAGAACAACAGUAUGAUAUGGUGCUUGAUGUAUGAUUCGACCACUGUGUGUCUUUUCUUUUUUGCUGCCCAUAGAAAUUUUUUUCAAUGACAAACCUUCUAGCGUUUGUGGCACUGAGUUAGAUCUCAUCAAGGGAAAAGUAUCACUGCUGCUGGGACUUGAAGAAUAACAAAUUCACGACCAUGCCAAAGCAAAAUAAUAAUAAUAAUAAUUAAAAAAUGUGAUUGUGCCUUUUAUCGAGGGGGGAAAGGAGAACAAAAUCACAUGGAUUCAACCCAUUCCUGUGGGUAGUCUCUGAUGAUGCACUUUCCUCUGUUGUGCGUACGCCCCAAAGUGUUAAUGUCCUAUAUACCUCAUUGGUCAUGCUCACAUGGACGGCCAUGGAAGAAAGAGAGUUUUGGAGACACAAGCAAAGGAUCUGGUAACUAAUUGCAACCUAAUUUAUGAACCUUCUUGUCAUUCUGUGAUUUUUUUUUCCUGGGAAGGGGUGUGUGUGUGUGCGUUGACUGUGUGUGUGUGUGUGUGUGUCUGCCAAAUGUAAUUCCAAAGUCAAUUUUUAUAAGGUUUGAUGACCAAGUUGUAUUUUUAUAUAAUUGUAAUUAUUUGUCUUUGUUUACUUUUUACACCAUUUUUUCUUUAAGUCUUGUAUUUUAUACUUCUGCCCAAAAAUACACUAUUUCAACCCCAUUCCAUCCCUGCUGCUGCCACAGUCUCUCUUCUUUUCUAAAUAGGCUUUGAAGAAUUCUCCCUUUACAAACAAACAAAAAACCCUUGCCCACAAUGUGAAAAUGGAUGAUGAUUUGAUUUUUUUUUUCACAAUGGAAAGAAUAAAAGGUCUCUCUGUACUUUUAAA